AUGUCCAGCCACCGUCGCAAAUCUGGCCUCAACACUAGCCCAGAGAACCAGCAGACCUAUGUUGCAGACAUGACGGGCGAUGGCCUCGCUGAUCUGGUCCAUAUUGCUGCCACGGGAAAAAUCACCUACUUUCCAAAUCACGGAUAUGGAGCGUUUGGCGGCCCCGUUGAAAUGGGAAAUCCGCCGGUGAUUGAAUCGUUUGAUUCUGAGCGAGUACGUUUCAUCGAUGUGGACGGCAGUGGACCCACGGAUCUGGUGUACAUUCUACCUACCGGCGGCGUGCACAUCUACUUCAACCAGGCCGGCAACUCAUGGACUGCUCCCCUCCAGGUCUCCAGGUUGCCGCGCAUCGUGGAACCCUCUUCAGUCUUCCUGCUAGAUCUGCUUGGCCAGGGGACAGCGUGUCUCUGCUGGCACGACAGCGUGGGCAAUGGCCCGGUGACGACAGAAAUAAAGUACAUUGAUCUGAUGGGCGGGUCAAAGCCUCAUCUCUGCAGUCCUACGAAAACGGCAUGGGUGCAGUCACAAGCAUGGUUUAUGCUCCGUCCACCCGCUUCUACCUCAAGGAUCGCGUAUCCGUGUGUGUCGCAGCUGAACACCCAAGACUGUAUCACUGGCAAUGGAAGCACAACAGAGUAUGAGUACCACAAUGAUUGUUACGAUAGUGUGGAAAAGACGGUUGCUGGGUUCGAGAUAGACGUGACUUGGGUCCGUGGCAGCGUUCCGCAGGGCGAUGAGGGGGUGUAUCAUGCUCCUGCAUCUUAUACGCGCUCUUGGUUUCAUGUCGGGUUGUCUUUGCGCCCAGAUGAAAUGGCCUUCUGCACCCCGUCGUGCGUGGUGUCUGCUAUCAAAAAUCCGAGCAAGACGCCAACACUUACGCUGGAAGCUCCAGUUGCGUUGCGCGGAAGCCAAUUGCGCGGUGAAACAUAUGGACUGGGUGGCUCGGCAACAGAACAUCUACCAUAUACCGUACAGGAAUUCUCGUAUGAUGUCGAGCAGCUACAGCAUCAUGUCCCGGGCAAGACCCUACAUGCAGUUUUCCAACUCAUACCACAGUCGUCGCUCAGCGCCGACUAUGGGCGUGCUCUCGAAGAUGGUGGUGUGACGCAACAGGUUGUAUUGGCCAUGACCUCCUGGGGAGAUAUAGCCCGGUCUCCGGCCAUUGUGUACCCUCGUGCAUUAAAGUACAUGAGUGGCAUUGAAUAUGAAGACGUCAAAGCCAGCCAGCGCGCAGGACAUGUUUUUAUGGCCGAGUAUAGUUACACCAAUGCUGUCGUGGAGGAAACGACACAUGACUCACGCGUCUUUCGACGCCCUGUUGCAUGGCAAAACCAGGUUUACGAUACCUUUGGCUUCCCAUUUGUAGGCUCCAUCAUGUCUGUGGAUGAAUUACGCAGCUUGGAUGUCGACAAGUGUUCCAAAACCCUUCUGUCUGAAGAGCGAGCCUUCUUCAGGGACUCGCAGCUGAACGACAUACCCACUCCUGGAAAGAUUGAGGCGUUUUCGGUUACUGCUGGCCAACAGCAGUGUGGCCUGACCCUGUAUACUGCGCCUGACCUGACUGUGGGCAAAAUGUUGCGUGAGGGCGGGUUCGUGCAGCUGGAGGGUGACAAGAACUGGUGGCAGCCAUCUUCACGCGUGUUUUUUACGAACAGCGACAUGGAAAAGCAGGAGCUUACCAGGGCCCGGCUGACGUUCUAUCAGCUGGUCGUCACCGUUGCCGAGUUCGGCCACCGCUCGACGCUGACACUGGACAAGUACAACCGGAUGGCGGAGUAG